AUGGCUAUCUACUCGUCCGUCCCUCCGCCCGAGCAGCAAGCUCCCCUGUCCAACGCACAAUCCACCACCGCGACGAUCGAUACCCUCAAUGCGCUUUCAUCGCUCUCCAUUUCUCCAUCUGCGCGCAGCACUGGCGUCACUCUUUCCAUUCCUCUUGAUGGAGCAGAGGUGAAAAAGAGGAAUGUGAAGCCUGCGAAGGAGCCAUUGAGAAGGGAUAGUUUGAAGCGAAGGGAUGCUCUUUUAAAGGGGAAGGAGGGAACUAGAAGGAGACAGAGAUGGGAGAAUGACCGCUUCCUCAACGUCCCUAAUGCCCAACCACCCCUCCCCUCAGACUGGGAAGUCCGUCCUACCUACCCGGUUCACACAGUCCCCUAUUAUCUCGCGCCACUCUGGGAUCUCCGCGCCGAAACCACCUCCUCGCGCAAAUCCAAAUCCAGCUCCGGCGAUGAACAAAAAGGCCGGGUUCCGCAAGAGCUCAAAGCCAAACUAAAGCGCAGCAAAGGGGCCAAGUCCCUGCUUCAAGAACUAGAAGAAGAGGUGCGCAAGUUCGUCAGGGAAUAUGAACGGCAAGAGCACUUAACAUUACAUGGCGGAAUGGAGGACGAGCCGGAAAUUGACUCUGAAGACGAGGAGAUCGUUUUUAUCGGAAGGAACGGGAGAAUGAGUGACGAGGUUAGGCAGGAGAGGGAGCGGGUGGAGGAAGUUUUGGAGAAGGAGAAGAUGAUCUGGGAAGGCGCAGCUGACGACAGAGGUGCUGGUUUUGGACGAUGGCUUGUCCACUCCAUAGCCACCUACUAUGGUCUCUCUUCCCGCUCUAUCACCCUCGGAAAUCCUGCACGCAGGGAAGCAUACGUCGGAAUCAAAUCCAAGGAGAUCAAGAUGAAAACUGGUCGACGCAUCACCUCCUCCUCUCUACAGGGAGAAAUGCCGAGGCCCCUUUACGGUCUUAUUUGA